GCAAUUCGUUGCUCACCUAACGGUACUCCUGUUUCUUAUAGCUUCGCACACAUUUGACCCAGUAUAUAUAGAUAGAUCUCAGUGUAUUCAGUACACGUUACGACGCCGCAACGUAAACAGCUAAAUACAGGAAGAUCGAAUUGACCGUAUCUAGUGAUUCUCGUAAGAAAAGUGAAAAAUAUCUUGAAUCAUGGCGUCCGACGACGAAUCCAACGUGAGUUACUAUAGCGAAGAAGGAGAAUGCCAGAAUUAUUCCGAUUCUGAAAGUGCGAAUCAUCUUACGGAAGGCUCAAGCUUGGAACAACUCAAGUCCUUACGAGAAAAGGUCAAUUGGGAAAACCAAGAAGAUAGAAUAGAAUUUCGUCGUCGUAAACUGUAUCGCUUGAUCCGCAAUUGGCAGGGUCAACUGCCAAAUCUUCGAGACAUUUUUCGACUCAAAGAAAUCGAUUUGCUUAUUACGGAUGAAAUGAUAGACAGUGAACUCUUGGUGUUCGAUGCUUCAUUCAUCGACUUUUUAAUCAACACCGGCUACAAGGACGAGCCCGACGUAGACGAAGAUGGCAAGCCAUUGCUGCUUCGUACGACUGCAGUUCAUCAUCUGGUUGAACGCGAACUUGUCGCCAAUAUCGAUGAUCGGCUAUUCCAAAUAUACAAGUUCGACGUGAAUUACACCGACAAAGAUGGAUUGACGCAUUUCCACGUGGCCUGCUACUUCGGUCAUCAUGAUUACGUCAAGACUUUCCUAGAACUCGGCCAGGAUCCCAACUGCAUCGUGCAAAAAACAGGUGACUCGCCACUGCAUGUGGCCCUGGAGUCUUGUUUCGAUUCGAUUUCGGUGAUCGAAUUGUUGCUGAGAUACGGCGCGGAUCCGAAUUGGGCCAACAAGGAAGGAAGUACUCCCCUUCAUCUUAUAGACGAGUAUGACGUUGCAGAAGUGUUCUUCAGGAUUAACGAUGAAAGAUGUCAGGUAUUGCAGAUCGACGCCCGGGACGAGGAUGGCAACACACCAUUGCACAUGGCUGCAUAUCGCGGCGACAAGCAGUUGGCCACUAUAUUGCUGAAAAAUGGCGCCAAUCCGAAUUUGGCCAACGAGAACAGCGUGACUCCUCUGCACGUUUUAAGCGAGAAAAAUAACUUAGCGAUGAUCAAGUUAUUCUUCAAGAUCAACGACGAAUUAAAUCAGUUUGUAAAGAUCGAUGCAAAGGACAAGUUUGGUCAGACACCUCUGCAAUGGGCCGUCGCGAGUCUCUCGCCGGACGUGAUCGAUGUACACUUGGAUCGUGGCGCUGAUCUGUCUAGCUUCGUUUUCCCUUCUACGAGUGACUUCGAAAAGUUCUUUUUAUAUGUAGACGAUUAUGGCCCCGGACGGUAUGAUGAGUAUUUAUAUAGGACAUUAGCUGCUCUAUCUACCGUCGAACUUCUGGAGAAUAGAGGAUACGAACUGAAACGAAGCGAUGCCCUCGCGAUCAUGACAUUUCUGGUUAAACACAUUUUACGUUGUAAUGGUGAUAAUAGCUACGAGGACGAGGACAAGAAGGAGGCGAAGGUGAAGAAGUCCAUGGCAGAAUUAAAAAAGAUAAUAGUCAGUCCAAAUCUGUCACUCUACGACCUGAUUCGAUUACGACCCAAAGAAGCGGCGAAACAACUCACGUAUAAGGACUGUUACGAGUUGCUUCGCUCAGGAAAAUCGUUCAAGAUCCUUUCGAGGUUGAACGAGGCUUGUUUUGUACAUCUGUGCGAAAAACUAUCGAGAGGAUUUUUUCAACGCUGGGCACUGUAUCCUUUCUGGGAGCUGAUACGAUAUCGGCUGCCGAUUCUCUGCUGUGAAAUGAUCGUCGAGCAGCUGAUGAAUCAAGAUUUAUGUAAUAUUUGCUUAGCGGCUGCGAGUCCAAGCUCGCAAUCGUGUUAAAUUAAUUUUAGUAUUUUGUUACGUUUGUACCAUUAAAUGUUGUAAAUUGAGAUAAAUAAAUUAAAAAUAUAUAAGGCUCAUUAUUUUUCUUG